CUAACAUUUGAUAUAUCGAUGGAACAAUCAUUACCCAACUUUGCCAAAGGUAUAUACUCAACACUUCGGAAUAGUCGUAUAUUAGAACCUCCUAGUUGGCGUUCAGCUUAUACACAAAUGGAUGCCGAGUCGGAAAAUGAAGACGAUGAUAACGGUACCAUGUCGCAUAGUCUUUUUUAUUCUACACAACAACAACAACAACAACAACCUGGUGAAGAAAGUAUUCCUUUAACUGAUUCACAUGAAUAUUCUGAUCGUAGUCAACUUAUAUUCAGUCAAGAUUCUAUGGAUGAUACACAUCAUAAUUCAAAUUAUGAAGAAAGUCCAAAACCUUCUGCCAUUUAUUUAGAUAUACCUACCAAUAGUACUCCCAAUACCAAUAUUACUCAACCAAAACUACUUUCUGAAUCUCUAUUACCUACUACAGCUGCGAUUCCCUCGGGUAUUACAACAACCAAGGCAGAACGAAAAUUAAGGGAUCCUUUUUUUACUUUUUUAUAUGGAAUAUGUCUCAUUAUCUUUAUCUUUUCUGGUAUUAUCAUUCUAUUUACAACCAAUUCUCAUUCCAUUGAGGAUUAUGCAAAGGGAACAACAUUUAGUACCAUCAAGGAUAGUGCAGGACUUUUGGCGAUUAUGAUGACAAUAUCUUUGAUCACUGGUACAAUAUGGAUUUAUGUUCUUCGUACAAUUACCAAAACUAUUGUUUGGGGAACCAUCAUUGGCAUUCCUUUGACAUUUUUGGGUCUCUUUCUUUGGACUAUGAUCGAAUCUUUACACAAGCAUUAUAUAUACCCAAAUGAUGUUACAAAUCAUGAUACAAGUUUGACAAUGAUGUCUUUCAUACCUCUUUUAUUGGGUAUCUUUUAUGCAUAUACGAUUUACAAGAACCAUCAUCGCAUUCAGAAAACCAUAUCCAUCAUAGAACUUGCAUGUGAUGUGCUACGUUUCAAUCCUGGAAUCAUCUUGGUGUCUUUGAUUCUACUAGUAGUUUUUCUUCUAUUUACUAUUGUAUGGAUUGUUCUCUUCAAUCGACUUUGGUUAAUUGGAUAUUUGGUCAAAAAUGGAUCAUCUUCUGGUAUGUGGGUUGUUAACGAUAAUGCAUAUUUAUUCGCCACAUUUUAUAUCUUUAUGUAUCUUUGGACAGCGGCCAUUCUCAUCAAUAUGCAAAGGUUUGCUUUAUCAGCGAUUACUGCGCAAUGGUAUUUCCACAGGCAUGAAGCAAAUAGUCAGCAUUCUGAUAACGCAUGGCAAAUUGCUUUAACAAGGGCAUCAACGACAUCUUUUGGAACGUUGGCUUUUGGUGGACUUGUCUUAUCCAUUGUCCAAUUUUUACAUUUAGCGACACGAUAUAUGAAGAGUUAUGUCAAGAAAAGUCGACCUUUUGUGUCCAUCGUUUCCUUGAUGCUUGCCUAUAUUGAAGCUUGGAUCAAUCAAAUCAAUCAUUAUGUUAUUGGAUUAGCGGGAAUUACAGGUGAUGGGUUUUGUAUGGCAGCAAGAUCAGGGACAAAGAUCUUUCGUAGGAAUCUGAUUUCUGGAUUGAUUGGUGACUUGAUCACUCGGUUAGUGCUUUAUGUGGGUGCUUUGGUUAUCUCUCUCGCUUCUGGAUUUGGUGCUUAUAUCUUUGCUGGUCAUCAAUUGCAUUCUUCUCAUGGUUUGAUCAUUGGAUUGAUUGCUGCUAUAGUUCCCAUGUAUAUGUCGCAAUUCUUUUCUUAUACGAUGAUGAGCAUCGUGGAUGCUACCUUUUUAUGUUAUGCCAUUGAUCUGGAUACUGGGUCAGUUCAUCUGUCAGCAGCUCAUGAUGUCUUUUCUGGUUUUGAUUAGAUUCUUCUUUGGAUUAUUUUGUAUUAUGUUUUAUCCAUCCUUAUACAUAUAUCUUUUUUUUCUUCACAUUCUUUUAUACAUACACUCUUUGUUUUUAUUAUCAUUACUAUUAUUUGUUCCUCAUCUUUUGAUCUAUCUUUUUUUUUCCCUUAUCAUUCCUUUUUUUUGAUAGUCAAUAUCAUAUCCACUUUUUAUUCAAUAAACAUAGACGUGUU